AUGGAUCUACUUCUGAUACCCAGAGUAAUCGUUUGCAACGUCGAGGACAUCAUCCCAACCAGCCUGCUGAUAGCUGAUAUACCCGUCCAGAACUUCGUGCUUGUCACGGUCACCGUCCUUUUCCUUCUGGGCGUUUGGUCUCGACCGGGUAAAACUCUUCGAGGCUGGCCGGAGCUGGUGCUUUUGCUACCGGCAUCUUUUGUGUACCGUGUAGGGGUGGUGACACCCCUCGUCCGUGCAAAAUUUGUCGGGCAGUUUUUUACCCUCAUCAUCGAGGACCAUAGGCUCUUAAUCAAGCCUCUGGAGACGUUGUUAUCACUGGCGACUUCAACAUUCACGUCGGGUCUGGUGACAAAUGCUGAUGACAUUGAGAAGCUGUUAGUUUCUUUUAGCUUCUCUCAGCUCGUUAAGGCCCCGACAAGGUGUGCAAAGUCAGGGAAAUGGCACACUCUCGACCUGAUUUUGACUCGUGAAUCCAUCAACUUUGUGUUAGAUGCCUCUGUAACUUCUCGAUUCUCCGAUCAUCACGCAGUUCAAUGUUCGCUUAAUAUCACCACGCCACAAAGAACAAUUAAAUCAGUCCCAUUCCGUGCCGUCAAUUUCAUUGAUUUGGACGCCUUUGUCUCGGAUCUUGAUUCUCUUCCUCUCCUACUGUCUCCUGCUGACAACUUGGAUUCUCUUCUUCUGCAAUACAAUGAUGGUUUUGCCUCAGUCCUAGACAAGCAUGCACCUAUACGCUGGAAGUCUUUCCCUAUUCGUCUAGCCAUUACAUGGUUUGACGAGUCGGUCCGACUACUUCACAGAGAAGCACGUUACACCGAGAGGACCUGGAGAUCUCGGGAACUGAGGGCGUCUACAUCAGGUGAUUGGUCAGUCGUCGAUGUACUAUAUGAGUGGUAUUGCAGUUGUGUUGAUGAGUACUAUUCUUCCCUCAAGGUAGGGAAGAAGCAUUAUUUAUCUGAUUUGAUUGUGGAGUGUGGCUCUGACCAGAAAAAGCUGUUUCGUUUGAUCAACGAUCUUAUGGGUAAGAGUGGGGAUCCUCCUCUCCCUGAUCAUUUGUCGAAGAGUGAACUGGCCAACGACUUUCUCAAGUUUUUCUCGGACAAGGUGGCAACGAUUGGGUCAUCCCUUGAUAGUGUCGGGAAGGAUCUUACUCCAGCAACCUCCAGCGAUCCUGUUUUUCUUAAGAGCCGUUCUCUCGAUAACCGCUUGACUUCUUUCUUUCCAAUUUCACCAAAUGAAGUGAAGGCACUCAUCACACAGUCUCCAUGCUCAUCGUGCUUCCUGGAUUCGAUUCAGACUCGUCUACUUAGAGAGGUCGCGAGUCUAUUGGCUCAACCUAUUUCUUCAAUUAUCAACCUGUCUUUAUCUUCCGGAGUUUUCCCAGGUCAACUUAAGUCUGCAGUUAUAACAACACUUCUCAAAAAACCUAGUCUCGACCCAAAGCUCUUCAGUCCCUACAGACCUGUUUCCAACACUGCUUUCCUCGCUAAACUAACGGAACGUCACGUCGCGUGUCAACUCUCUAAGCACCUGUCCUCAUACAACAUCCUCGACGAAGGUCAGUCUGCUUAUCGUCCGCGCCACUCCACUAAAACAGCUCUUCUUUCACUAUUCAACGACUUACUGAUGACCGUUGACGCUAGUGAUGGUUCUUCUCUGCUUUUUCUUGACCUUAGUGAUGCAUUUGACACUGUCGAUAAUGAGAUUCUUCUUGAGCGACUCUCGAAUAACUGCGGCGUGACUGACCUCGCAGCCAAUUGGUUUCGCUCCUACCUCACCGGUCGCACUCAAGUUGUCAGUAUCAAGGGUGAACUGUCAGAGAGCUCAGCACUCCUCACAGGCUUUUUCCAAGGAGCUGUUUGGGCCCUAUUGCCUACCUCAUCUACGCCAACCCACUACCUUCAGUUAUUGGAUGUGACCACCUUUGUAACAACAAUGAUAAUGUCGGUCAAUUAUCUGAUGACACUCGAUGCCACAUCACCCUCCGCCUUCUCCUUGAUUGCUGACGACUGGUUCACGAGCAACAGGGUGAUGGCGAACGCUCGUAAAACCGGCCUUCUCUACACCUCUUCUCCUCAGCGCUGGGAUCUGGUUGAGUGUGAGCCACUUCUGGAUGGCGACGUCCUGAUUCAACCAUCUGACACCAUCCUUCACUUGGGUGUCAUAAUCGACCGUCAUCUUCGUCUCUCCCAGCACAUCUCUUCUCUUCGAAGGCAGUGCUUAUUCCAACUACACCGUAUCAGCCGUAUGACGCCAUCUUACUGA